CUCUCUCUUAAUUAGAUCUCAGCUUGAGCUUACUCUGUUUCUUUUUCCACACUCUGAAAACCACACUCUCUGUUUCGCUAUGUGGGCUAAGGCUCUAGUCACUUUUUCGAUUGAUUAUUCCUCUCUAUCACCUACUGUAACAGCGACUGGUUUUUUGGGGUUGAGGGUUUAGGUAGAGGUGGGAUGGUGUUACUGCUAGCCAUCAUUUUCCGUGGAAAGAAACUGCUCGUGAAUUGCAUGUGAGAAAGUUAAGCUGGCUGGUUGGCAGGUUUUAGGUUGUGGCCUUUAAAUUGUGGUCUCAGAGGCCGACAGCAGGGGAGGAUGAGAACUAGCAGUAGAGAUCUCUCCUAAUCUUUGGUGGUCUUAAUGAAUGAAACGGGGCCGCCAGUUCAAGCUUCCUUCUUUCUCCCUUUCUCGAGGGGGAUCUUUCAGGUGGGACGCGAGGCCACCCUUUCUUCUUCUUCCUUCCUCUGUUUCUUAGUCCCACAUUUUCAUGUAAAGUUCGCUCCUUUUUCUAUCCCACUUUCUGCCCAAUCCUCCCGCUUCACUCUCUCGCCAUUUCAAUUUUGUCGAUAGCUUUGGCCUUUCUUCUAAACAAGAUCCAAGGUUUCGCCUGUGUAGAACUGAAGCUGGUUCGAGCUAACUGACCUUUUCUGAACUCAUGCAUUGGAGCUCAGCUGCUGACCCAGAAAUGAAAGAGCUGGGUUCUCUACGGUUUCAAGGUACGAGGGGAAGGGGAUUUUGUUCUUUCUUUCCUCUGUUGCCAUAAAUGAAAGGCGUCUUUCUUAGCUUGCCGUAGUUACUCUUCUGAGCAAAUACUCCCUGAGAAUUUGGGUAUGCUAUCAAAGGAAACUAUUAAUUGAUUGAUUGAUGACAUGCCUCGUUUUCUAUUGACGGGAAAGGAGGAUCUUUGAUUUCUUGAAUUCCGGCCAAUCCACUGCGAUUCCGCCGAUUAGUUAGCGGGUCCUUACCGUGGAAAGUUCUGGGCGGGGAAAAGGAAGAAGAUGCUCAACAACUUGAUUGGUUUAGUUGAAGAGAUUUUGUUGUUAUUAUAUAUGCAUUGAUGUUUUGAUCAUGACCAAACCCGUCCCAAGUAGUAGUAGCAGGAGGAUUCUCAAGGAUGCAAAUGGCGACAUCAGCGACCAUCUCCGCAACCACAUCCACUUGACCAACUGCAUCCACCUCAAGAACCACAUGCACAAGCAGAGCCCCAUACUCAACGACAGGUCCCUAAUGAGAGACCUCAUUGCGCUCCAGAGGUCCCGUUCGCUUCGCGACCCUUCUGCUAGCCCUCCUUUGUCGUGGCAGUCGCCCACGGUUGUCGAUCUGCUGCCCAAGAAAGGUGAUCAUGACGAGGAGGAUAGUAAUCUCCAUAUACAAGAGGGCAGAAGGUCUUCUGUUGGUAGAAGAGAGAGCAGCAGCAGGAGGCUGUCUGGUGGCUCACCUCAAUUUUCCAGUCAUCAACCGUCGAAGGUUGUUCCUGUAAGUGAUCGUUGUAGUAAGAGCGGGAUGAUGGAGGGUAGUGGGAGAGUUAGGAGGGAAGAAUCUAGUACUAGAAAGAGUGGUAGUAGAGCUGAUGCUGUGAAUGGUUUAUUGUUUCAUGAUACGGUUCCUGUUAGUUCAGGAUCUAGAGAUGGGGGAAGUAGGCAGCAGAAGUCCAAAAAUAGUGUGGAUGAUGAACAUAUCAAGACUCUUUCUCAGCAGCUGAAGGAGGUUGCUGCUAUUGAUAGUGAUGUAGCAGCAUCUUCUUCCAACAUUCAUCAUAAUGGCAGACUUAGUGGAGCUAAUCGGGUAAAGCGGCGUAAGUUUAGGGCUGCCAGGGGAAGAGGAAGUCGUGGUCCACCGUCUAGAGACACUGUAGGAGGUCAUCAUCAAAAAGAAAUGUCUGCUGCUGCUUCUAAUUCACUACAAGCUCAAGAAAGAGAAGAAUAUGGAGAUCAGAAUGUCACACAUGGUCCAAGAAAUGGAUGUGGUAUUCCAUGGAAUUGGUCAAGGAUUCAUGAUAGGGGAAAAACAUUUCUCGACAGGGCUGGAAAGAGUCUGGCUUGUGGUCGGUCCGAGUCAAGGUUGAGGCAAGGCUCUCAAGAGAGGGAUAUGCCAAUGGCAUCUGGUCAAUCAAGUUCAGCGGCUUCUAGGUCAGGUUCCGAGGCACUGCCUCUAUUGGCCGAACCCUCUGCUGGUUCGAGUGACAACAAUGCUGGUUGGAUACAUGACUAUUCUGGUGAGCUUGGUCUAUAUGCUGAUAAUUUGCUGAGAAAUGAUCUUGAUUCUGAUCUUGCCUCUGAAGCUAGAUCGGGUGAUCGUCAAGGCAAUCAUCAGGGUCGGAAUCACAACCGAAGGCAUCAGAAUCUGACCCAGAAGUACACACCUAGAAGCUUUAGAGACCUUGUAGGACAAAAUCUGGUCUCGCAGGCUCUUGCUAAUGCAGUCUUGAAAAGGAAGGUUGGACUUCUAUAUGUAUUUUAUGGACCUCAUGGCACUGGCAAGACUUCUUGUGCCCGAAUCUUUGCUAGGGCUCUAAAUUGUCAGUCGAUGGAACGCCCCAAGCCUUGUGGACACUGUAACUCUUGCGCUGCACAUGACAUGGGCAAGAACAAGAAUAUUAGAGAAGUUGGUCCUAAUUUUGACUUUGAAAGCUUCGUCGAUCUUCUUGAGAAUAUGAUAAUUUCCCAGUUGCCAUCUCAGUACAGGGUUUUCAUCUUUGAUGAUUGUGAUACUUUGUCACCCGAGUGCUGGAGUGCGAUAUCAAAGGUUGUCGAUCGAGCUCCGAGGCGUGUGGUUUUCAUCCUUGUUAGUUCGAGUCUUGAUGUUUUGCCUCAUAUCAUUAUAUCGAGGUGCCAGAAGUUCUUCUUCCCAAAGUUGAAGGAUGCAGACAUUAUCCAUUCUUUACAAUGGAUCGCUUCCAGAGAAGAUAUAGACAUUGAUAAGGAUGCUUUGAAACUGAUUGCCUCCCGGUCCGAUGGAUCGCUGAGAGAUGCUGAGAUGACCCUCGAGCAACUUAGUCUGCUCGGGCAGAAGGUCUCUGUGCCUCUAGUUCAGGAGCUGGUUGGGCUAAUAUCGGAUGAAAAAUUGGUGGAUCUUCUUGACCUGGCAUUAUCUGCUGACACAGUAAACACUGUGAAGAACUUAAGGGUCAUAAUGGAGACAGGCGUAGAGCCUUUAGCUUUAAUGUCGCAGCUUGCUACUGUUAUCACUGAUAUAUUAGCAGGAACAUAUGAUUUCACAAGAGAGAGGCACAGGCGGAAGUUUUUCAAGCGACAACCAAUGUCGAAGGAAGAAAUGGAGAAACUUCGACAAGCAUUGAAAACAUUAUCCGAGGCUGAAAAGCAACUUAGGAUGUCUAAUGACAAACUGACAUGGCUAACAGCAGCACUGCUUCAACUUGCACCUGAUCAGCAAUACCUGUUGCCUAGUUCUUCAACAGAGCCCAGUUUCAAUCACAGCCCCCUGCCCGACGGAAGGGAUACGACCACCAGAACGGUUGUCGGACAGCACGCAGAUGCGGCGCCCCACAACGCGAGAAACCUGCCUUCACAACAUCCUACUAGAUUAGAAAAAGAUCUCCCUGGUAGGACUUCCAUUGAUCAGCACGGGAACAGAUUGAAAAAUGGCGCCAACAUGGAUAUGAGAAGGCAGAUCCCAGGGAAAAGUCACGUGGGAUAUGAAGAAAUUUGGAUUGAGGUGCUUGAGAACAUUCAGAUCAAGGGUAUAAGGGACUUCUUGUACCAUGAAGGGACACUGAUUUCUGUAAGCUUCGGUGCAGCUCCAACCGUGCAGCUGCUGUUCAGCUCACAGCUGACAAAAUCCAAGGCAGAGAAGUUCAGCACAUACAUUCUACAAGCAUUUGAAUCGGUUCUUGGUUCACCAGUGACGAUCGAAAUCAGAACAGAACCAUGCAAAAGUGGUAGGCCCCACACGCCACUCGUGUUACCCACCACCAAGAAUGGUUCGUCAACUUCACAGGUGGUAGUAGCUAGAGAUGGCAGGAGAACGGCUUCGAGGCCAGAAGAACAGUUUGGCAAUGCAGGGAGAGACGACGAGAUCGUUGAAGUGCUACCUUCCCCUAAACAUGCAGAUUUACAACAGCAUAAGCCAGCUGUUCCACGUAGAGUAGGGGAACUAAGUCAGAGUAGAAGCCUUGUGAGAAGCAAGGUCUCCUUGGCUCAUGUGAUUCAGCAGCAGGUGGAAGGAUGUAAUCAGCCGAAUGCAUGGUCGAGACGCAAAGCAGUUUCUAUAGCUGAAAAACUUGAACAAGAAAAUUUGAGGCUGGAGGCCCGAUCAAGAAGCAUGCUCUGCUGGAAAGCAACGAAAGUGACGCGUAGGAAGCUAUCUCGUUUGAAGGUCAGGGGAAGACGACCGCAGUCAUUGCUGAAGUUGAUCAGCUGCGGAAAAUGUCUCUCCAGUAAACCCAGAUCACCCACCUAGAACUACAAAUUUGGUUUCAUUUCUUCUUAAUAGUAACGUUAAUGUAAAUUGUAAUCCAAAUUUUUUUCUAUCUCCCACCACAAAUUCCAUUUCCUUAGGUCACCCACUUUAGCCUCUUGUCUACAACUUUCAUCCUUGAAUAAAAUGCAGAAUCAAAGCUUUAGGAA